CCAGAGGCGGUCUUUAAUGCUGUAAGGCGUUCACAAAUGUCUUAACAGUCAGCCCGGCUCCACAGAACAUUUGUAUCUUGGUGCCGACUGAGAGGAGAGUCAGUCAGAGCCUCUGAGCAGAGGCUGCCUCUUACUGGAAGGAUGCAGACGGCGAGAGGAGAGAUUCCACUACACUUGAAGAAGGAGCUCGCCGCACGUGCCGACACAUGCAAAGGGGCAAAUGAAUUCAGUGGGAGCCACUCCUGAAGGGGCAGUGAUAUUUAAAAGGUGGACUUGAAAGAGCUGUGCAUCUGUUUCCCCCUCUCUACUUGAUUUGUGAAUCAGUGGACUGUGGCAAUCAAAGAGUGGAGCAGCGGAGUCAGUGGAGUUCUCUCCUCCAGCUGAGUUCGCCAAUGGGAUCAACAUCAUGGAUGGAUUUAUGGCAUCUUGAUGAGAUAUUUACAUGAUUAUUGACUGGUUGCGCAGCAGAUGUGUCCUGUCAUGUCCUGGCUGCUCUGCCUGUGCCUCUGGGUCAGCGUGACGGCCAUUCAGCUGUGUCAGGCCACAUUCUACGACACCAUACAGCAGCACCAUGGGACGAGGCCUGGGCGAACCACCAUCCACAUGAUUGAGGGAGGCACAUGUGAGGUAGUUGCUGCUCACAGAUGCUGUAAUAAGAAUCGUAUAGAGGAGCGUUCACAAACAGUCAAGUGUUCUUGCUUGCCGGGGAAGGUGGCUGGGACUACAAGAAACAGACCUUCAUGUGUUGAUGCGUCAAUAGUAAUUGGGAAGUGGUGGUGUGAGAUGGAGCCUUGCCUGGAGGGAGAAGAAUGCAAGACGCUCCCUGACAACUCAGGCUGGAUGUGCUAUGCAGGCAACAAGAUCAAAACCACGAGGAACACUCAGCCAUACACAACAUCUACAUACUGAAGAUUUGCAGAAAGAAUGCAGCUGAAGGUGCACAGGUUGAAUUGCAGCACUGCGUCAGGACCAAGCAGCAAACAUUCAACAAACUUACUGUUGCUUUAAGACAUGAACACUGCUCAGAUUCAAGUGUAAAAAGUUGUAGAAUACAUAAUGCACAUCCAGCCCAAGGCUGCUGACGAUACCGAUGCUCCAGGCUGGCUGCGGGAUCAUCAUCAUAACCUCCUUACAAAUAUAAUUCCGUCACUUUUUCCAACUUUGAGAUGGAACGUGUCGCUGGGUGUGGAGUCAAAUCAGGAGACUGCCUCACAUCCUUCCUCAGACGUCUGUCAACAGGCGUUUACUACCAAGCCCCGGGCCACAGAGGAGCAAGUCAAUUAGUCGACAGCCCUCAGGUUUUUCUUUUCUUUUUUAUAUUGUGUGAAGACAAAUUUGUACAUAAACCGUUUUGUCUGUUAUCGUGUACCAGAGUUUUCUUUAUGGUGGUGUUGAGUCCGGAAUGCAGUCACAAACCCCCAAGCAGGCAAAGUUUGAAGAACGAUGGGAAUAAUUGAACAGAUACAUUGGGAGGGAGAUAACGUGCAAGUGAAACCUGUGUGUCUUGGUGCUGUGUGUUUAAACAUUAGUUUCUAUGGUUCCUGUAUGCCUUUGACCACCUCUCAAACAGCUUUACCAACUUGGUAACGUGUCAGACUCCCUGAAAAUGAUCGACUUGCCAAAUACUGUAUGUGACACCAGUAGGUUGUUUUCGAUACUUGAAAUGCCUUAUUUGUGUCAAAUCAUUUGAAAUGAUAUUGUACAUAUGAAGCCAUAUGUUGAUAUGUGAUGAAAUGCCAUUAAAGUCAUUG